AUGUCGAAGCCCUUCUUCGCCAAGGUCAAGAGCGUGCUGAGUGGCGACACCCUUGUCUUGACCGCUCCCAACAACCCGAAAGCCGAAAAGACCUUCUCCCUCGCAUAUGUUGGCGCCCCUCGUCUGAGCAAGGAGGGCGACGAGCCCUUCGCUUUCCAAUCAAGAGAAUACCUCAGGGAACUUGUCGUUGGCAAGCAGAUACAAUGCACAGUAGCUUACACCGUACCCUCUGGACGUGAAUUCGGCACUGCUCUACUUUCCAAGGACGGCCCCUCACUGCCCGAUGAAGCCGUCAAGGCCGGAUGGCUCAAGGUCAGGGAAGACGCUGGCCGCAAGGAAGAUGACGAGGCGAUUUUGCAGCGUCUCGAGAACCUGCGCAACUUGGAAACCGAGGCCAAGAACGCCGGCAAGGGCGUGUGGUCCGAUAAGGGCGGCCACAUCGAGGUCCAGAAUGACCUCGGCGGUCCCCAGUUCAUGAACGAGUGGAAGGGCAAGACCGUUGAUGGAAUUGUCGAGCGGGUCCUUAGUGGCGAUCGUCUACUCGUGCGACUUCUGCUUUCGGAUAAGAAGCACGUGCAGGUCAUGACGCUCCUUGCCGGAAUCCGCACGCCGACCACUGAGCGAACGAUACAGUCUACCGGCCAGACCCAGCCUGCUGAGGAGUUUGGAAACGAGGCCAAGUCGUUCGUCGAGGAGAGGCUGCUCCAGCGUCGCGUCAAGGUUGAUAUCGUUGGCGCCAGCGCCCAGGGACAGCUGGUUGCGGCCAUCAUCCACCCCAACGGCAAUAAGAACAUCGCCGAGUUCCUCCUGUCCGAGGGUCUUGCGAGAUGCAACGACUUCCACUCUACCAUGCUCGGCGAGAAGAUGGCCAGCCUCCGUGCUGCUGAGAAGACUGCCCAGGGCAAGAAGCUGCGCAUGCAUCAGCACCACGUUGCCAAGGCCGAUGCCUCGUCUUCUGACAUGGUGGUCGCCAAGGUCAUCGGUGCGGACACCAUCAUCGUUCGCAACAAGGCUGGCACCGACGAGAAGAGAAUCAACUUCAGCAGUGUCCGCGGUCCCCGCAACAACGAAGCGUCCGAGGCGCCUUACAAAGAUGAGGCGAAGGAGUUCCUGCGCAAGAAAAUCAUCGGAAAGCACGUCCGCAUUAGCAUUGAUGGUUCUAAGCCUGCUGCUGAUGGUUUCGAGGCUCGUGAAGUUGCCACAGUGACUGAGAAGGGCAAGAACAUUGGCCUGCUUUUGGUCGAGGAGGGCUACGCUUCUGUGAUCCGCCACCGCAAGGACGACACUGACCGCUCGCCUAACUAUGACGAGCUUCUCGCUGCUCAGGAGAAGGCCAAAGAAGAGAAGAAGGGUAUCUGGUCGGGCAAGGCGCCCAAGAUCAAGCAGUUUGUUGACGUUUCCGAGUCUCAACAAAAAGCCAAGAUCCAGCUCGGUACACUGUCAAGACAGAAGAAGGUGCCCGCCGUUGUUGACUUUGUCAAGUCUGGAUCUCGUUUCACCCUUAUGAUUCCUCGUGAGGGCAUCAAGCUCACGCUGGUUUUGGGCGGUAUCCGCGCUCCUCGCGCCCCCGGGCCCCGCGGCGAGAAGGGCGAGGAGUUUGGCCAGGAGGCCAUUGACCUCGCAAACCGCCGCUGCAACCAGCGCGAUGUCGAGGUCGACAUUUACGACAUUGACAAGGUCGGUGGGUUCAUCGGCGACUUGUACAUCAACCGCGAGAACUUUGCCAAGCUGCUUGUCGAGGAGGGUCUUGCUUCCGUCCACGCCUACUCCGCUGAGAAGUCGGGCAAUGCUACUGAAUUGUUUGCCGCCGAAAGGAAGGCCAAGGAGGGGCGUAAGGGUAUGUGGCACAGCUGGGACCCGUCACAGGAGGAGGAGGAGGAGGCACCCGCCGACACCACAACCAACGACACCCCUGAGGCUUACGAGAACAAGCCCAAGGACUACCGCGACGUAGUGAUCACCAACAUUGACGGCAACGGCAAGAUCAAGAUCCAGGAGAUCGGCAAGGGCACUGCCGCAUUGACGACGCUCAUGAACGACUUCAAGAAGUUCCACCUGGACUCCAAGAACAGCAAGCCUGUCGGUGAUGCACCCAAGGCUGGCGACUACGUCGCCGCCCAGUUCUCGGCCGACGGCCAGUGGUACAGAGCGCGCAUUCGCUCCAACGACCGCGCGGCCAAGGUGGCCGAGGUUGUCUACAUUGACUACGGCAACUCGGAGAAGCAGCCUUGGUCCAAGUUGAGACCGCUGGACCAACCCCAGUUCACGGUCCAGAAGCUCAAGGCGCAGGCCACCGACGCCUCACUGUCGUUCCUGCAGCUGCCGACGGCGCCCGAAUACUUCUCGGAGUCUAUCGGCUUCAUCGCUGAGCUGACUGAGGGUAAGGAGCUGGUUGCCAGCUUCGACUUUGUGGACAACAAGGAGGGUGUCAGCUACAUUACGCUCUUUGACUACAACGCAAGUGACAAGAAGCCGGGCCCGAACGACUCCAUCAACAAGGAGAUUGUUGCCAACGGCCAGGCCAUGGUGCCUAAGAAGCUCAAGGCGUGGGAGCGCAGCAGCCAGCAUGCGGCUUACCUGAAGCACCUGAAAGAGGUGGAGGCCAAGGCGAAGGAGGAGAGACUCGGUAUGUGGGAGUACGGUGAUAUCACCGAGGACUAA